CCAUGAUAUCCCUGCACUCCGCCCCGCGGUUCACGCUCUUGAUAAAGCUCGAGCCCGGCGGGAGGCGGCGGCUCGCGCUGCCGCAGUACGCCGUCCUCCGCCGGCCGGCGGCGAGGAGCGUCCGCGCGGCGGCGGUGGCCGAGUCCGUCGGCGCCGAGCUCCGCCGGCUCGCGCGCGACAGAGUGGCCGGCGACGACGACGACCGGCUGCUCAACUACGAGACCCUCCUCGUCGACCGCUUCCUCGACAUCCUGCAGGAGCUGCACGGCAGCAACUUCAGGCGAGUGGCUGAGGAGUGCCUGAGGGUGUCCGGUGAGUACCAGCGCGACGGGGGCGACCAGGCGGCGAGGCUGGCCCAGCUGGGGGCGCUCUUCACCAGCCUCGACGUCGGCGACGCCAUCACGCUCACCAGCUCCUUCUCGCACAUGCUCAACCUGGCCAACCUCGCCGAGGAGGUCCAGAUGGUGCGCCAGAAGAAGAUGGAGGCCAGCCGCCGCGGCAGCUUCGCCGACGAGGGCUCCGCGCCCACCGAGUCCGACAUCGACGAGACCAUCCAGCGGCUCGUGCACGGGCUCGGCAAGACGCCCCGGGAGGUGUUCGACGCGCUCAGGACACAGACCACCGACCUCGUCUUCACCGCGCACCCCACCCAGUCCGUCAGGAGGUCGCUUCUCGAGAAGCACGCCAGUAUCAGGAGACACCUCACGCAGCUCUGCGUUGAGGACAUGUCCGAGAACGAGAAGCAGGAGAUCGACGAGGCCCUGCAGAGAGAGAUCCUUGCGGCGUUCAGGACGGACGAGAUCCGGCGGACUCCGCCGACGCCGCAGGACGAGAUGCGGCUGGGGAUGAGCUACUUCCACGACACCAUCUGGAACGGCGUGCCCAAGUUCCUCCGCCGCGUCGACACCGCGCUCAAGAACAUCGGCAUCGAUGAGCGCCUCCCCUACGACGUGCCCCUCAUCCAGUUCUCCUCGUGGAUGGGCGGCGACCGCGACGGGAACCCCAGGGUCACCCCCGAGGUCACCAGGGACGUCUGCCUGCUCGCCAGGAUGAUGGCAGCCAACAUGUACUUCUCCAAGAUGGGCAGUCUCAUGUUUGAGCUUUCUAUGUGGCGCUGCAAUGACGAGCUCCGGGAACGCGCCGACGAGCUGCACCGGCUGUCCUCCAGGAAGUACGCCAAGUACUACAUCGAGUUUUGGAAGCAGAUUUCUCCGCGGGAGCCGUACCGCAUCAUACUCGGGGAUGUGAGGGACAAGCUGUACAACACCUGCGAGCGUGCUCGAGAGAUCUUGUCCCAUGGAGAAUCAAGCAUCCCAGAGGACCAUACCUACAGAAGUGUCGAAGAGUUCUUGGAGCCUCUUGAGCUGUGCUACCGAUCGCUGUGCGACUGCGGCGACCAGUUGAUCGCCGACGGCAGUCUGCUGGACUUCAUGCGCCAGGUGGCCACCUUCGGCCUCUGCCUCGUCAAGCUGGACAUCCGGCAGGAGUCGGAGCGCCACACCGACGCCGUGGACGCCAUCACCACACACCUUGGCAUCGGCUCGUACCGGGACUGGCCUGAGGAGCAGCGCCAGGAGUGGCUCGUCUCAGAGCUCCAAUGCAACCGCCCGCUCUUCGGCCCGGACCUGCCGCAGUCCGACGAGGUCGCUGACCUGCUCGGCACGUUCCGGGUCAUCGCUGAGCUCCCGGAAGACAGCUUCGGGGCUUACGUCAUCUCCAUGGCCACCGCGCCAUCCGACGUUCUUGCCGUCGAGCUUCUGCAACGGGAGUGCGGCGUCAAGAAGCCCAUGAGAGUCGUACCACUCUUCGAGAAGCUGGCCGACCUCCAGCAGGCGCGCGCCACCAUGGAGCUCCUGUUCUCCGUGGACUGGUACAAGGAGAGGAUCAAUGGCAAGCAGGAGAUCAUGAUCGGGUACUCGGACUCCGGCAAGGACGCCGGGCGUCUGUCGGCGGCGUGGCAGCUGUACAGGGCGCAGGAAGAGAUCGUGGACGUGGCGGAGCGGCACGGCGUGAAGCUGACCAUCUUCCACGGCCGGGGCGGCACCGUGGGGCGCGGCGGCGGGCCGAGCCACCUCGCCAUCCUGUCGCAGCCGCCCAACACCGUCAACGGCUCGCUCCGCGUGACCGUCCAAGGUGAGGUGAUCGAGAAGGCGUUCGGCGAGGAGAACCUCUGCUUCCGCACGCUGCAGAGGUUCACGGCGGCGACGCUAGAGCACGGCAUGAACCCGCCAGUGUCGCCCAAGCCCGAGUGGCGCGCGUUGCUGGACAACAUGGCCACGGUGGCCACCGAGGAAUACCGGUCGAUCGUGUUCCAGGAACCCCGCUUUGUGGAGUACUUCCGCUCGGCGACACCGGAGACAGAGUACGGGCGGAUGAACAUCGGCAGCCGGCCGUCGAAGCGGAAGGCGGGCGGCGGCAUCGAGUCGCUCCGCGCCAUCCCGUGGAUCUUCGCGUGGACGCAGACUCGGUUCCACCUCCCCGUGUGGCUGGGCUUCGGCGCCGCAUUCCGGCACGCCAUGGACACGCCCAGCGGCCUCGCCACGCUCAGGGAGAUGUACGAAGAGUGGCCGUUCUUCCGCGUCACCAUCGACCUCCUCGAGAUGGUUUUCGCCAAGGGCGACCCCGGCAUCGCCGCCCUCUACGACAAGCUCCUCGUGCCUGAAGACCUCUUGCCCUUCGGCGAGCAGCUCCGAGCCAACUACGCCGAGACACAGAGCCUCCUUCUUAAGGUUGCCGGGCACGAGGACCUGCUAGAGAGUGACCCGUUCCUGAGGCAGCGGCUCAUGCUGCGGGACUCGUACAUCACGGCGCUCAACGUGUGCCAGGCCUACACGCUCAAGAGGAUCAGGGACGGCGAGUUCAGGCCGGCAACGCGGCCGCCGCUGUCCACGGAGCUGCUCGAAGACACGGCCGAGAGCCUGGUGGAGCUCAACCCCAGUAGCGAGUACGACCCGGGCCUAGAGGACACGCUCAUCCUCACCAUGAAAGGAAUCGCCGCCGGCAUGCAGAACACGGGAUGAUUCUUUGAUAUAUCUUUCUUUUUGGGGUGGACAGACAGAUGAACUCUCUCUUCUCGUCUCGCUGAUUGGUUUGGGAGGUUUUGUUCUAUAAGACCGGUGAGAGUGUA